AUGGAAGUUGCAAAUGCUGUAACUUCUGUUGUGAAGGAUGUACUGGUACCAGUUACUGCGCAACAUGUAUCCAGAGAAGCACCACCUAUACCUGUGACCAUGCGGACUGUAAUAUCGUAUGUAACGAAGAUUGUGAUGGACCAUGUUGCCAAAUUAAACGUGCACGCCGUGCAACCGUUAUCGCCGUUUCCAGUGGCGUCAUCCUUUCCAUCAUCGCUCUUAUCAUCCUAUUCCAUUUAUGCAUAUUUUCCAUUUUGCCUUUUGCCCAAGUCCGCGCAUAUAUCGUCCGCAAAUUGCCGUUUUGCAUCGCAUUUUAUAACUAAGUCCGACACUUCGUAUUAUCGCAAUAUCGCACGAUAUUAUAAAAUGAAGCCACACUGCUCGAAUAAUAUCGUAUUAUUCAAUGUUUCCGAGUAG